GGAGUUUAACACCGGGUGUGAGAUAUAAUGGAGCUAACAGUUAAUAAUUACACGUAAAACACAAACGGAUGAGUUAAGGAGAUUGGAGAUGUGUGCUGUGAUAUACACACACUGACACACAGAUGGAGAUGCCUGCAGUCAGACCACAGAAGGUUGAAUCGGACUCGUCGUCUGAAGAUGAGCUCCAGACACAUGCGUGCAUUGCCUGGAGCGGCAUAAGUAAACGUAUUCCAGUGCUGCUGUUCUGCGCUGAAGCCAUCGUGUCUAAAGAUGUGAACAUCCGCUCUGUUGGAGAGAAAUAUAACCUGGCCUUUAAGAUUGUGCGUACAGAGAGCCGACUUGUGCGUGGCAUACUUGUCGGUCACGGAUUCCAUGAGGUGCACCCAAACAGCAACGAUUUUAACCUGAUGUGGACUGGCUCACACCUGAAACCUUACCUCCUGCGCACUCUUCAGGAUUUCCAGAAAGUCAACCACUUCCCCAGGUCGUACGAGCUCACGCGGAAAGACCGGCUCUACAAAAACAUCCAAAGGAUGCAGCAGAGCCACGGCUUCCAGAACUUCCACAUCGUACCUCAGACCUUUGUGCUUCCUGCAGAGUACCAGGAAUUCAACAGUUCUUUCAGUAAGGACAAGGGCCCGUGGAUCAUCAAACCAGUGGCGUCGUCUCGAGGCAGAGGCAUCUACCUGGUCAGCAGUCCCAGUCAGAUCCCCCUGGAUGAGAAUAUUCUGGUGUCACGAUACAUCAACAAUCCUCUACUGAUUGACGAUUUUAAGUUUGAUGUGCGUCUGUAUGUGCUGGUGACCUCUUACGACCCUCUUGUCAUCUAUCUCUAUGAGGAGGGACUGGCCAGGUUUGCCACAGUGAAGUAUGAUUGCGCAAACACAGCAAACAUCAAGAAUCAGUUCAUGCAUCUCACCAACUACAGCGUCAACAAAAAGAGCAGCGACUACGUCAGCUGCGAUGACCCUGAAGUAGAGGAUUAUGGGAACAAAUGGAGCAUGAGCGCAAUGCUCAGAUAUUUGAGACAAGAAGGCAAAGACACCACAUUGCUGAUGGGUCAGGUUGAGGAUUUGAUCAUUAAAUCUGUUGUGAGUGCUGAGAUACACAUCGCCACUGCCUGCAAGAUGUUUGUCCCGCAUCGCUGCAACUGUUUCGAACUGUAUGGUUUUGAUGUCCUCAUUGAUUCAAACCUCAAACCGUGGCUGUUGGAAGUGAACCUCUCUCCAUCACUGGCAUGUGAUGCUCCUCUGGAUUUGAAGAUAAAGGCCAGCAUGAUAUCAGAUAUGUUUUCUCUUGUGGGUUUCGUGUGUCAGGAUCCAUUAUUACGACAGCUGCGGACAGACAGACAGGGCUUUGAUUCAAGAAUAAAGAACGCAUCUCUGAAGCCUCAGCGUCAGAGACCGCCAUCUGCCAGCAGCACAGAUCCAGACAAACAGGGACUGAAGCUAGAGAGCAGCACACUGGGUCUGACAGCAGAAGAGAUGAAGGUUCUUAGGAGGGUACAGGAGGAAUAUGAGAGGAGGGGUGGAUUUAUUCGCAUUUUCCCGACUCCAGACACCUUGGAACUCUACAGGCAAGCCAUCCUUCAAGGAGCCCGGAAAGCAAAACCCACUUUGCCCGGAGGCAGCCUGGAAUUCUCACGCGGACUACAGUCACGAGACAGCACAAAAGAGGAAGGCUUUUUCGACCGUAAGAUUCAAGCUUCACCAGAAAGGCGCAGAAACUUUCCUAAUCUACCCAGCAUCGCUGAGAGUCUCCCACAAGGGUCAGAAAUACUUGUUUGA